UCUUCUAGAAAGAAGUACUUCAUCACUAAUCUGGCAUUCAGCCUCAGGUCUGCCCCAUUUUAACUGCUGCUACUAACAUUCUUCCUGUAUAGGCAGCGGGUUCUUUCUCCUUUCAGAUAACAGUCACAGAGACACGUACUUACAUGAGCUUCAAAGAAGGGAAAUUCCUUACUCCUGUGGACAGAAACCAGGUAUCAUCUGACUCUGCGUCAUCAUAUGGGAACUGGAGCUCAGAACUGGCACAAAUGCUGGUACUCUGGCUACCGCUAUUGCUGGUACCCUCUGAGGCCCGGAACCUUUGCUCAACUCUCAGGCUGUCCGGGGAAGUUUUAGGCGGUGAUACCGAGCUACAGACCAAUGUAAGAGCUCGAGGCUGUGGGACUGAAGAGAGGAAGCGGCCGUUGGGAACUGAGUCGACCCGCUCUUCGCUUCUCGGGGUUUGUCUCCGUCUCCUCCGUCUCUGCUGUUUCUUCCUCUCUAUCCUCCUCUGUCUCCGUCUCCCCAGCCUUGGGGCCGGUGCCUCUCCCAGGCUUCGGCGAAUGAGACCUGGGAACUUGCCCCCGCACCCCAUGGAAGAACCCCCGGCGUCCAGCUCUGCACCGACAGAGACGGAGGAGCCGGGGUCCAGUGCAGAGGUCAUGGAAGAAGUGACAACAUGCUCCUUCAACAGCCCUCUGUUCCGGCAGGAAGAUGACAGAGGGAUUACCUACCGGAUCCCAGCCCUGCUCUACAUACCCCCCACCCACACCUUCCUGGCCUUUGCAGAGAAGCGUUCCACGAGCAGGGAUGAGGAUGCUCUCCACCUGGUGCUGAGGCGAGGGUUGAGGAUUGGGCACUUGGUACAGUGGGGGCCCCUGAAGCCACUGAUGGAAGCCACACUACCUGGGCAUCGGACCAUGAACCCCUGUCCUGUAUGGGAACGGAAGAGUGGUUGUGUGUUCCUGUUCUUCAUCUGUGUGCAGGGCCAUGUCACAGAGCGUCAACAGAUUGUGUCAGGCAGGAAUGCUGCCCGCCUUUGCUUCAUCUGCAGUCAGGAUGCUGGAUGUUCAUGGAGUGAGGUGAGGGACUUGACUGAGGAGGUCAUUGGCUCAGAGCUGAAGCACUGGGCCACAUUUGCUGUGGGCCCAGGUCAUGGCAUCCAGCUGCAGUCAGGGAGACUCAUCAUCCCUGCGUAUACCUACUACAUCCCUUCCUGGUUCUUUUGCUUCCAGCUACCAUGUAAAACCAGGCCUCAUUCUCUGAUGAUCUAUAGUGAUGACCUAGGGGUCACAUGGCACCAUGGGAGACUCAUUAGGCCUAUGGUUACAGUAGAAUGUGAAGUGGCAGAGGUGACUGGGAGGGCUGGCCACCCUGUGCUAUAUUGCAGUGCCCGGACACCAAACAGGUGCCGGGCAGAGGCUCUCAGCACUGACCAUGGUGAAGGCUUUCAGAGGCUGGCCCUGAGUCGACAGCUCUGUGAGCCCCCACAUGGUUGCCAAGGGAGUGUGGUAAGUUUCCGGCCCCUGGAGAUCCCGCAUAGGUGCCAGAACUCUAAUAGCAAAGAUGUACCCACCAUUCAGCAGAGCUCUCCAGGCAGUUCACGGAGGCUGGAGGAGGAAGCUACAACACCGUCAGAAUCAUGGCUCUUGUACUCACACCCAACCAGUAGGAAACGGAGGGUUGACCUAGGUAUCUAUCUCAACCAGACCCCCUUGGAGGCUGCCUGCUGGUCCCGCCCCUGGAUCUUGCACUGUGGGCCCUGUGGCUACUCUGAUCUGGCUGCUCUGGAGGAGGAGGGCUUGUUUGGGUGUUUGUUUGAAUGUGGGACCAAGCGAGAGUGUGAGCAGAUUGCCUUCCGCCUGUUUACAGACCGGGAGAUCCUGAGCCACCUGCAGGGGGACUGCACCAGCCCUGGUAGGAACCCAAGCCAAUUCAAAAGCAAUUAAUUGGCUUAGGACCCAAUUUCCAUAGAUGCAAAUGGCAGUUACAGCCAGGUUAACAGAAGCUACUGAAGUCUACAGAGAAUCAAAAAACUUAAUAUUCUGUUCCCUACCUUUUUUCACUUCUCCCCCUCCAAAGAGCAAAAUGAAAAUGUUGCCUUAGCUACUGCAGUGGAAAGAGCACUGAACUAGGAGUUGGAAGACCAGGAUGUGGUUCUGGCUCUGCCACUGGCUUGCUUUUGGACCUUGCAUGUGUCACCUGAACUCUCUGGACCUCAGGUUUCCAUCUGUAAAAUGAGAGUAUUGGUUCUAAGAUUUCUCAUCUUCUCAUCCCUAGGAGAAGCAUAGUGCCUGCAUCCUUCAUGGUCAGUAAGUCCUGGCUGUAUAGAAGACUCUGAUGUCAAAACGGAAAUCAGAGGACUUAUCUUUUCACAUGACUUACCCCUCAUCCAAGUGUGAGGUUACAGGCAGGUGUCGUGGCAGGAAGGAAGACUAGAGCUAUAUGAUUUGUUCCAUUUUUAAUAACAAAAAUAUCCACACCCUUCUAAUAAUGGUCAGAGCUCUGUAGACACUCUAUCCUAGAGGAAUUAAGCAAAACAGAAGAAUCAUGAAGUCUCCUACCUUCUAUAGCUUUGUAGUUCUGCUUACCUUCUCUUCCUCAUCCAGAAACAUCAUUUUCUAGGGAGGACAAUGAGAAUCUCAAUGCCAGUAGUACUGGAUAAUAGUGUGUAUUAUUCUGGUGGCAGUGUAUCUUCUGGUGGCAUUACCCUGAUGAAGGAUGGGCUUAAGUUCACUUAUUAGGAUGUUCCCGAUGGGAAAAGGACAUAGAUUAGGACUUUAAAACACUGGACAGAUUUUCCCACAGUCUCUGCCCUCAAGGAGUUCACCAGUUUAUGGGGCUAGAAGAGGGAGAAAAUUCAAGAAAAUAAAUAUAGCUGGUGGGAGAGUUUGUAGAUGUUGGGCUAUAUGUUGGGGUGAUGGUAGCUCCUGAUGUAAUUUUCUUAGUUGCAUCUUCAGUGUGCCUGGAGUCAUCUGUCCAAGGCUUGUCCAGGCUUCUGGGUUUGUUUUUGUUUUGUUUUGUUUUUUCUCAGGAUAUUGUCCUGGCCCAGCUACUCCUUUACCUGUGAGAAGAUCUUCACCAUUAGGAAGAUCUCUGGAUCCCCAAAUCUCAGAAUCAGGCCUAUUUGUAUAGGCCCAUGGAAAUCACUACUUGUGAAAUAGGGAUGCCUUUUUGUCUAAUGAUUUUCAUGCUGAACUUAGUCCAUGCUGAGUCUCUUAGAUGAUACCAUGUUGGUUGUUCCUAUCUUAGAUUGUUUCCCCCAUAGCCUGUUCUUGCAACAGAAAUUCUAUCAUGAGAGGUUUAUUUUUUUGUACCUAUUUUAGGAGGCUAAUGCUUAAACUGGUAUCAACUAAAUAUAUUUGGUGUUGUAUAAUGACCACAGAGAACAAGUCUUAGUCAUGAAAUAUAGCCUAGGAGCUAGGGGCUACUGUUGCACUAGCUUUGUAGAGAGAGUCCUACGGGAUGAAAGUCGAGAUUAACUUUACCUACUUUAGCAGAUUGCUUAAGCCAUGACUUAGAGUGGCUUUUAAAAAUCCCCUUAGCCUCUCCUACCUUUGCCAAGGUAAUCUUCCCAAUACACAAUUAUUUAUUCACUCAUGUAUACAUUUAUCUAAAUAUUUCUUAAGUGCCUAAUACAAGGUACUUUCUACUGCCAUUCCUUGGCUCUAAAUCAUUUGUGGUUCCCUAUUGCCUAUUAUAAUGUAAAGAUGUUUACAUUUAGCCUGACAUGUAGGACCUUCCAGCUGUUGGGUGAAGUAAUGCGCACUUUACUUCCUUAUAUGAGGCCCAGUGUCAGGGAAAACCUCUGUCAAGUUGACAGGUGGAGGGUAAUGGUGGUCUAGGGAUGGGCAGGAUUGGUGCAGGGAGGAAUUGGGGAAGGGGAGAGGAUUAAAAGGGCAGCCCCCUCCUAAGUGGUAGAAACUCCUUGUUAAGCAAAGCUUUCCUAAACACUAUACUGCAAGUGGAUAGGAAUAGGGAGGAAGGCCGAGUCCUACAACCAGGGCUAAAGGAUGAAAAGAAUGAGAAUAUCAACUUCUUUAGUACUACUCAAGAAGGGAGUCAAGGCAGGGACCUUGGUCCUGUGCCAUUGUGACCCAGAGAUGUCUAAUACCAGUACUCGUAAGAGGUCCAUCUCUAAAUUGCCCUCCUCUUACUUCUUCCCCCUACCUCAUGUUUUUUCUCUUUAAUGACUAGCAUCGAAACUCUUUAAUUGGGGCAGGCCUAUGUGCUUAUCUCAGGAAUAGUAAGAAAAGGGGAUUGGGAACAGGGGAAAUCCAGAAUAAGGACUUGAGAGAGGAACAGAGUGGGUGAUGGCAGCUGUGAAGAAAAAGAACAGAUCAGAAGAGUCCUGGUACCUUAGGAAGAAAAAGUGUCACAGACAUGAGGCCUAGGCUGGAGAGAUGAUGUAGGUGGUCGCUGCUGUGAAGAAGAAAUGACAACAGGCUGGAGCUGUUCCCUGAAACCUGUGGAAAGGAAGAGAGACCUGCACAGGCUGGCACUUAGCUUGUGGAGAAGGUCCUAACCCAACACUGGAACUUUAAGCUGGCUUAACUUGUCCAAGUUCCAGAUGACCAACAAAGAUAGCUAUAGACACUCCAACUCUGUGCCCAUUACCCAACCUGGGCGCUAUUCCAUGAUACUGGUACCCUAAGUGAACCCAUUUCAGCCACUCAGAUUGACAGGGUGGAAAAGACAGGGCAGGUGGUAGCAGCUGUGAAGAAAAGAGGAAAAGAGACGGGUGGCCCGUCUACAGGCAUGUAGAGAGGACUACAUAGGCCUUGGUCCUUUGCCCUCAGGAGCCCCCUUCCUGUUCCUUAGACUUAGAAUGGAUCCUUCCAGCACACAUGGCCCAACACUGAGAGUGCAGGAAGCAUGGGUAGGGGCCUCCUGCUGCUGGUAUAUACCCAGGUCAGCCUCCUCCCGGCACAGCCUACUGGCUGUGUUCAUGUUCUUACUAUUCACCUCAGGCCAUUGUCUGAGUACUUAAUUUGGACUUGUUUCCCCUGGUCACCAGUCUCCCCUCUGAUAUUCACAGGACAUCAAGCAGCUUCAGCCAUGGGUAAGAGGUUUUUCACCCUGCCUGUUGGGUAGCCCAAAGGACCCACAAAGGUCAACCUGAGGCUGCACAGCCUCCUCCCCAGGGCAGUAGAAAUUGAUAUCUCACUUUCGCCAGAUUAGGCUUCUCACUCUUCUCGAGUAGGCCAUAAUCCACCUCUUCAGUAGGCCACGCAUCCGUCUCUGCAGUGCCAGAAUUCACAGUCUGGGCCUCCCUUUGGUCCUUACCAUAGGCUGCCAUGUAUUAUUGUCUAUGUUGUGCCCUCUAGGCCUCUGCUAGGCUGUGAACUCCUUGACUGACUCCUCACUGUGUCCUUUUUACAUUGAAUCACAGUGGCUUAUCUAAAAGUAUAAGCUUUUUUUCUAUCGUAUUCUGAAUUCCCUGAAGGUAAGGACUAUGUCUGAUUCCUCUCUUUGUCCUCUGUACCCAGCAUAGGGCCUGAAACAGAGUAGCCAGCAGUAAAGAUACACUGAAUGAAUGAAUGAGUCAACGAUCCUUGGCCUCUGGAGCUAAUUGAGAAGGCCAGGGGGACUUCUGCUGUAGGGAGAAGGAUGUUGCAUCCCUUUGUAGAUUGUGUAGCAUUCAAAACCUGCUGAACACUCACCCUCAAUGUAUAUUCUCUGUUCUGGCCUGCUUCCAGGUCAGUUAUACACUUCCUGGGAUGGGCCUUUCUCUGUCUUAAGCUUGGUUGUCCCUGCCUUUCCCAAGGAUCACAGCCCAAAAGGUGCAGUGGGGAAAAUUUAUGGCCUAUUCGAGAAGAGUGGGCAGCCUAAUCAAGCCAAGCCUUGAUUUGGGGUUCUCAUUUCACUGGUAUUUUCCCUUUGUCCCCAGUUGAAUUUUCUAUAGUUACAACUUUUCCAGGCUUCUAAGGGAGUUGCUGAGGCUCGAUGUGUUCUAUGUCUUGGCUUUGUGAUACUGAGCGCCAGAAAUACUCUGUACUAUAAAAACUACCAUCAUUCUUUGAAACAACAAAGAGGAAUAAAGAACUUAAUUCUGGUGA